UCAGCGGUUUUUUCUGUCUUAUGUAAAGUAGAAACGCACCAGAGAGAUAUUUUAUUUGAAGUGUAAGGUGCUUCGAUUUGGCUUCGAUUCUUCGAUUCAACAAGGCUCUAACAGCAUGGUUGCCACCAAAUGGCGAAAAUUUGUGUCUGAUACAACCGUUCACGGUCUUCGCUAUGUCUUUGAAAGCCCUUCAAGACUUCGUCGGUUGAUUUGGCUGUUGCUUCUCUUGGGUGCAAUCGCGAUUGAUAUCUAUUUCUUAAUAGAAAGUGUUGAGAAAUACUCCUCAAAGCCAUUUAACACAGAAUUCACAGAGGUUGUCCCUGAGAAUGGAGAAAUUUCGUUUCCUGCGGUGACAAUUUGUAACCUAAACCGAUUCGUCAAAAGGAAAAUUAAUAUGUUUGAAAAUGACGAGAACUUUCACAAAAUGGGGUUAAAUCUCUCUGCUUGUGAAGUGACAAGUAAGGUGAACAAAUCCUUGAGUUGUGGACAAGCGCUAAUGUGUGCCUUUGAACCAUUUGGCUGGGCAAUUGCAGAGAAUUGCAACAUGACCAUAAGACAGCGAAUAAUCAGUGCCCUUAACAGGACAAAGGAGCCAAUUUUCAACCCCGAAGAGUUUAUAGAAACUUUCGGACAUGACUUUGCCGAAAUGUUUCUAUAUUACUGUCGCUUUUCAGUAUCGCAGGACUGCACGAGUGCCGAUUUUCAUCCAACGCUUACCAAAAAUGGUCGCUGCUUUACCUUCAACUCCGGGAAAAAUGGAACCAAAGUGCGCAGUACAAGACGGGCUGGAGUAUCAGGAGGUCUAAGUGUUAUUUUAGAUGUACAGGCUUACGAAAACACUGUAAGCGAAUUCUCGCGAGGGCUGCGAGUUGUUGUACAUGAUCCAGGAGCCAUUGUAAAUUUGGAUAAAGGCUUUAAUGUCUUUCCUGGAUCACACGCUUUGGCACGAAUAGCUGCAAUAAAGCAUGAGCGACUACCGUAUCCGUAUAAGUCUGACUGCACGAGGAGAGUCCUUCCUAAAAUAACCCGUUACAGUAGAGAUGGCUGCUUCAUACAAUGUAAAGCAAAUGUCACCUUAAAAAGGUGCGGCUGUAGAGAGAUCGGUGCUCCAGUGCCAUCAAACUCGCCGGUUUGUUCUUUUCAACACCACUUCUGCGAGAAACAGAAAGCAGAGUCGUACAAUCCUUUCAACUGUUCAUGCGAUAUUCCUUGCGAGGAGACAGAGUACAUGACUCAGGUGUCUUACUCUCAAUUCCCUGAUGAUGGAGCAUCUAAAAUUCUAAAAUACAAGCACGCUUACAACAAAAGCGUAGAAUAUCAGAGGGAAAAUUUAGUGUUCCUCCAGGUUGGAUAUCAGCGUCAUGGAUACACUCUGAUGAGAGAAAGUCCAAGCUACAAGAUUGGGAGCUUGAUGGGUGAUAUCGGUGGAAAUAUGGGUCUUUUCCUGGGCUGCAGUCUAUUAACAAUAUUUGAAUUUUUUGACCUGGCUUGGAACAUCUUGGAAUAUCGAGCGAACAAGAAUAGAAAUAUUGCUCAGGAGCAGAUGGGAAACGAAGGAGUAUGAAACAUUCUAACUAAUUGGUAUAAGGAGCUUGUUCUUGUUUACGCCUAAAAACAAAAAAGAGCAUAGGGACGGGGUCAAUAUCAGUAGCUGGAUACAGGAUGCAUGUACAUACCAAGAGGCACGCGGGAUUCAUAUAAUAACUUCUAUUAUGACGUGAAAGACAUUCAAGUCUAAUUGUACUGUAUGCGGAAUGUCUGUCAAAUGAUCUUACAGUCGAACCUCUCUUAAGCGAUACUGUACUAAGCGACACCCAGUAUUAAGCGGUGGUGGUCACCUUUGACUGAGUCCUAAUGGCUCCAAGCGGAGCCACUUAAGUCAAACAAAUACUAAUCUUUCAAGUAAAAUUUUAUCCAUGUUUCUCUCCCAAAAUCAAUGUUAGUAGUAUUUUGGGCGAGUGUUUGUACAUGAAAGGGUCAAUUAUGGCAUAAAAUGGCGUUUUUUAUGUUAUCCCUAUUCUGUGGAACCUGCAUUAAUCUGUCACCUCACCAUUUCCUGCGGAUAACCGCCUAGUUCAGGUUUAGUUUGGUUGCUUAGCUACCAGGAGUUUUAGUGCAUGUGGUGGGUCCAGUCCAGACUAGAAUUCAAAGCUUCAACUACAGGCAGGAGUUAUCUUUAAGAUAAUUCAGGACUUUAUUUCAAUUCAUCUUCUGCAAGGGUCUGUACUACUGAUUAAUAUCACUAUCCGUCAAACCGGUUCAGAACUUACGCCGCUACAAAUGCAUUCUUUACAUGUCGAUAUUUACAACUUCAUGGAAAAUUUAUAAUUCAUCCAGUCCUUCCCUUUUAAUGCUAACAGCUACAUGCAGUGCAGUUGAACACUACCCUCUACAUCAACGGAAAUAGAGUAAAA